AUGAAGAAGUGGAAAGGUGAGGAACAACAUGACACCAGGAAGAAAGGAUUGUUAGGCAAGGACAAAGAAAACAAGGAAAGUGAUUCUAAAGUAAAACAAAAGUUUAUCAAAGGGUCAAAGAAAAGGAGUGAGAAAGGAAAAUUUGACAGUGACAAAACAAGAAAACGGAAACUUGAUGCUGAUGGUGGACAAAGAGAUUCUGUCAAGAAGAAGAAGUCUUCUGAAGUCGAAGAAGGUAUGACUCAAAUGCAGUGAUAAAAAGGGUAAAUGUUUGUUAAUUUUUAUUGUGGCUACUGCCUUCUUUUAGGGAAGGCGUAGCCACUAUGUUGGAGUUCAGUCAGUUAAGUCCUUAAAUGGGUAAGUCAGUCACUCAGUCAGUUAGUAAGUAAGAAGGUAGGUAGGUAGGAAGGUUGGGGGGGGGUUAGUAGGUAAGUAGGUAGGUAGGUAGGUACAGUACAUUUAGGUAUAGGUAGUUUGGUUGGUCUGUCGGCCAGUCAGUCGGACAGUUGGUAUGUUGGUCAGAAAGUAAGCAGGUAUUAAAAUGUAAGUAAGCAUUAAUUUUUGAGUUUAUAAGUAACUAACUUGAGUACAUGCACAAGGAAGUAUACUUACUAGCCAAUGUAGUUAGUUCAUGGGUAGUCCACCAAAGUAAUCAUUCAGAAAUAAUCAAAUUGGACAACUUGAAGGAGAAAAACCAAUUGGCUAUUUUGCAAGCAAAAUCUGAUUACCGUAAAAACUCGUGUAUAAGCCGCACUCGUGUAUAAGCCGCACCCACCCCAACUUUCAAGCAUGAUUUUGAAAAAGAAAAACAAACAAAAAUGCGCUUUUGUAAAAAAGGUGAUCAUUUGUUGGCACAUCAAAAUGUUCACAAAUAAACUUGAGGAAAUUUAAUGUUGUGUCUUUGCAGUGACAUUUUAAAUAAGUUAAUCAACUCUGAAAAUACCUUUUAAAAGGUUCUCUUUAAUCAAUUUCCCCAUUUCCUGCGAAAGACAACAGUUCUCUUCAUUGCUAAAGCCCACAGUUGAAAUGAAAAUGGAACGAUGGAACGAAAAUAAAGCGCUGGAGAAUGCUACAAAACAAUUGCUUAGUAACCAUGCGUUUAUUUGACGAGGGAAGUCUGGACACCAGAGAAGGACGAAACGGUCGGCCAUUUGCCUCGCAAAUUCUCUCGAAUAGCGUGGUAUUUUCUUGCACGUAGUGCGGAAAUCAGCGUUGAAGUGAUCGGUCGCAGACGACACUGUAAGCAGCUGUGCUGAGGAAUGGAGAUUCCGUGCCAGUUAGAGUUUAACUGCUCAAACAAAGCGCAGAUGAAACGCUUAAAAGAACUACUGGCGAGCAAGAUUCAGGUAUAGAACCUGAAGAUGCAAACAAACGGCUCCUUUAGGAGCCACCACUUCUACUGAAAGCAAUGAUCAAUGACAGGUUUCAAUAGAUGGUUUUCACAGUGACGUCAUCAAACUGUUAAGUCAAAACAGCGGGGUUUUACGAAUUCUUAUUUAGACUAGGUUGAAGAUAAACAAAAAAUAAGUCUUUGUUCCAAGUUUCCAUUCCCGUAGCAUGUUUCAUUUCGAAAAUACGGAAAUACGAACUUCCGAGUUUUCACAGUGCGUGACACCAAAACAGGAAUGCUGUCUCGUUGAAAAAAGUCUCUCCUCUUGAUUUUCAGCAUUAUAACCAUUUCAAGUAUUGCAAGAUAUGUUUAUGCGCACGUAGGCUGGUUCUCGAGUGAAAAGAAAGAGCUUUUAUAGAAAAAGUGAACUCCAGAUGUUUCGUUGAUUUCCGGCGGCCAUAUUGGUGGACCAAAACGGUACAUCAAUAUGGCGUCUCCAUACAAAGCUCUACCAGGGUGCGUGAAACGUUUCGGCAAAUAACUCAGAAACUGUGGGCCACAAAGACCUGAGACUUGGACAAAUUGUUUAUAUAUUAGUCUUUUGUAACAUGUCAUUUUCUCGGCUUCUUCCACUGGACGGUUUCCAAUUUAUUUUUUUGUUGCGUGACAGUGAAAACGAUCUAUAUGUUUAAUCUUUAUUAAUUUUACUGAAGGUUUUCAGUUCAAUUUGUGACCCCUACAAGCCAGUUUACUCCCUUUGAGAGCAAUGGUCUCGUGUAUAAGCCGCACCCGCGAUUUUGGACUCAAAAUUUCGGCAAAAAGAUGCGGCUUAUACACGAGUUUUUACGGUAUUUUUAUUAAACCACUGACCAACUAAUCUGUCUAAAAAUAAAUAUUUCUAUACGAGUUUAACAUACAACUGCAAGCAAACCCUUUGAUAUAAUUCCCUUAAUAAAUUAACUAAGCCAGUAUCUCUUCCUUUUUCUGUAUUUGUUGUACUUAUGUAUCUGUAUAUUUCCAUGGCAACACAGGUUCUGACGACAAGCCCAACAUUUGGCAAAUGAAAAAGAAAGAAAGGAAGGACUUUCGUCGAAGACAAAAUGAAGACUAUGACCUGGUCCAUGACCUUAAACAGCUUUAUGAAACUAUUAGGAGGUUGGUUUUCAGGCUGUAAUACUGUAGUAUAUUAUUAAUGAUUGUUAAGUAAAAUUAUCAAUUUGGUGGAUUUGUUAUCAUAACAACAUGCUUGUUACUGAAGCUGACUCUUAGGUUGUUGUACUGAUUUACAUUGUUUUAUUAUUAUUUUUUGUAACAGAAAAAAAUCCUCUAAAGCCAAGAAAACUGAACUGGUAGAAAGGAUUUUAAAUCUUAUUGCUGGCCACUCCCACCAAGUGAGUAUACUUUUUCAAGCCCAAAGCAGGCACAAGGUGAUGUUCUAACGUUCAAUUUCUAUCAUGGUAACCAAGAAAAUAGAUCAGUUGGCAUUGUCUUUCAUUUUAUAGGUGAUUUUCAAGCAUGAUACAGGUCGUGUUAUCCAGUGUUGUGUGAAAUUUGGAACAUCUGAACAAAGGCAAAAACUGUUUGAACAGUUUAAAGGUAAGCUUAUUUUUUGCGGGGUAAAUUUUUCAGUCAUUUAAAAAAAUUCACUUCUUUGUUAGAGAAGUACAUUAUUCUUCAAAAAAAAAUUAACAGUUGUGAGUUGGAAUUUAAGGAUUUCGUAUUAUUUUGUACAUUAUAUUUUUUCCUUCUGAUUUCAGAUGACUUAGGAGAGUUGAUCAAGUCAAAGUAUUCCAAGUUUCUUGUGAAAAAUUUUUUGAAUUAUGGGUAAGGUCAAAGGAUCACCAUUAUUUUAAUAAUUAAUAGUGAAUGCUUAUUGGAUAGAACAAAGUAAAUUACCAUGAAGAUUCUUUUUUAAUUAAUGUAUGUUACCUCAUAAUGCACAGAACAAAGAAACAGCGGGAUGUCAUUAUCAAGUGCUUUUAUGGACAAGUCCGCAAACUAAUUAGACACAAGGUAAGUCUAGAUUUUUCUGUUUAAAGUUACCAUGAAACUUUCCAUAAGCAGACUUCUUUGGAACCAAAAACAGUGUCCACUUGGAGAUUUUCACUAAAGAAAGAAUAGUAUAAAAAUGCAGUGUUUGUAUGCAUCUGGGACGAUAACUACAAUGUAUGUGUCUGCUUUAAUACCGGAAGUGUCUAUCCAUAGAAGGUUCGGCAACUUCCAUAAGCAGAGGUUCAUAUGUUUACUUAUAUUCCUGAAGUUAAAUUAUGCUAAUAAUACAUCAGAACUGUCAUUAAGGGUGGUAACCCAUGACACCUGUUACGGCUGAGCUCACUUGAUGUUACAGGUGAUCAAAGUAGAAAGCUAAAGGUGACACUACAAAUUUUUGUGGGAUGUUAUGGGUGAAUCUUCAUUUGGUACGGCUUCUUCAAAACUCAAUGACAGCCCUGAUACACUGCCAUAAAUCCUCUUUUAAGUCCCCUGAGAAGAUGAGAGGGAGGCAUAGUAACUUUUCCCCUGAAAAAGGCAAGGGGUAAUCAGAAAGGGGGAGGGGGUGGGGGUUAAAUGUAUUUGAGAGAAGGGAGGGGCUAAAAAUAGGAUUUAUGAUAUUAGCAUGAAGCAUUCCUUUGAAGGCUACAGCUGUACAUGUUAAAGAAAAAUUAAGAUGGAUUUGCAGUGAGCUUCCUUCCCAAAUUCCUUCUCCUCUUUGCUGUCACUCCAACUUUUGUGUUCAUCUUGCAUUUAGGCUAUAAAUGAAAUUACUGAUCUUUAUAUAUUAUAUAAGCUCUAAAUUUUUCUAGUUUUACAGAUGUAAGGCAAAUUGUGAUUGUGUAGCUCCCUGAAGUUAAUGAAAUCCUGUGAAAGCACAGUAGCUCAUGAUGACUUGUUUUUUAACUUCAGGAAGCAGCAUCAAUUCUCGAAACAAUUUACAGUGAAUAUGCAAAUGCAGAGCAAAAAGCUUUCCUGAUUCAAGAAUUCUAUGGAGCUGAUUUUGCUUUCUUUAAGGUACAGUAGAGUAUGACAAAUUUAUUUUUAUUCAAUUUAAAUUGUCCCUUCUGUGUAGAAUGUUGUUAUUCAUCUCAAAGCCCCAAAAAUUAAUGAGAAGCACACCCUCCCUGCAAUAAUGAGGGGCUAUAUUUACAUUUUGCUGAAAUUGACUCAUGAAAUGAUUUGAAAGGAUACAUUUUAGUAAUUUAGUAAUUACCUGCUUUCUUUGCAGUCACCAGAACUAAACUCGCUGGAAAAACUGCUAACAUCUGAGCCAGCCCGAAAAAGUAGAAUUCUCAAAUUCAUGAAAGAAGCUUUGCUCCCUCUCAUUGACAGGUAAGAAAAGUCAAAUUUUGUUUGAAUUUUGAAUAAACAGGUUUCUUUAAAGAGUAAAGAAUUUUACUCUAGUACUGCCUCAUUGGGGAAGUGGAACAAAAGAUUUCCAACACAGUGUCAUUUUGAAUCAUGAUAUCGUUGGUGAGCAUGAUUCUUAAGCAAUUGAAAAACUGUUGCCAAAGGCAGCACGUGGGUUGGGAACUUAAAAGGGAACAGACCACUAAUAUUCCUAUCUACCUUUUGACACAGUUAUAUUUUCUCUACACAUAGAAAUUUAAAAGUGGAAUUAGGAGUACUUCUGAUAAUUCAUUUUUUUGUUAAUUUGCUAUAAAUAGUUGAGGGUCCCUUAUUUCAGCACCUCUAACUAGUUUCAGGCAAUCAGAUAGGGGAUAAUCUGAAUGCCUGGGACAGGCUACGAGACGGCUAGCUUGUGUCUAUGUGUCUGGUGGGAUUUAUUGCCCAAGAUUGGAUCAUUCCACUGGUGCUUUUGUUGUCUUUGUUUUGGCUGUAAGGCCGAGGGAAGAAUGGUAGGAAGAUCUCCUGUGGUUUUGUUGUUCAGUUUGCACAGUGGCUUCACAGGCAAAAAUUGCUCCUCCACUAACAUGAUGGUUGGUACCCAUUUUUCCUGACUGUCAUUGUUACAUUUAUCAACCUGAUCCUGUCCUUUGCUUUUUCCAGAUCAGUUAUAGGUCACAGUAUUGUUCAUAGAGUCCUUCUAGAGUACCUCACAUAUGCUGACACCAGCUCACAACUGGUAGGUACAGUGCAUGUAUGAGGUGUCCAUAUUAAGUGGGUGUCCGUAAAGCAGGAUUUGACUGUAUUUAUAUAGCUACGGAAGUUAGUUACAGUCAAACCCGCGCUUUACAACACCAGCUUAACCCUUUAAGUCCCAAUAGUGACCAAGAUCAAAUUUCUCCAAACAAUAUCCAUACACUGUCAAGAGAUAAGUUAUGAGAAUUAAUAAAAUGAUCACCUAAGAGAAAAUGCCUUGUUCUAUUCUCAAAUUCUCUCAACUCAUUCUUUAAGGAAAUGUAUAGAGAUCAGUUUGGAGAAUUUGUGUGGGGAUACUUGGGGCUUAAAGAGUUAAUACGGACACUGUUAUCAUGGACAGUUUUCCUUGUCUCUAGCCCUUACAUUUUCUCUAAAUUUAAUCCGCGUCAUACGGACACCCCAUUAAUGUGGACACCUUCAAUGGCCCCCUUAGUGUCGUUAUUAAGAAACGGUCCAGCUAAGAACGAUAGCAACAACGGCAACGAACAUGCUGGAAUGCAAAAAAGGUGCUAAAUUUCUAUUGUCUGUACUUACUUCUGACUGGCUUAAACGUCAAAAGUUAACAAAACUUCAUAAAGCGGUACAUAUAUUCAUCCUUACUUUCCAAUGAUCUUCCAUAUAACAAAAUCUGGUUUCAGUUUGAAUAACAAAGAAAUCCUAUGUGGGGAACAUGUAAAAUUGUAAACUUUUCUUGGCUAUUGUUUUCAACUCUUGUAAUUGGUCAAAAUCUUUUAACACAAAAAAACACUCUUUCAAAGUGGAGUGUAAAUGCAUUUUAUUGCGUAAACGGCCUUCAUGUAGGUUUAUGAAUUCUCUGUGUAAAAAUGAGAACAUUCCUAUGUGGGGAAAGCACCGUUGCCGCAUAACAAAAGAAAUUGUUAUCCACCUUACCCGGAUCAUUAGUUAACGGGUUUCACUGUACGUUAGAGCGAUUUUCUUAUGACCUUGAAAGAUGGUUUCGGUAAGUGUUCGUUAAAUGUUUUAUCAGCCAAUGGAUGAAAGGAUCAAAAGAUGAACUCUUCGUUUUCCCACCAAAGGAAACCCUAAUAUGGAGAAGGCAUUGUUUGAUUGGCCUAUCGUGUUGCAGUAUGACGUCAAAGCGAAGUAUUGAUUGAUUUCUAGAAAGUUCUCACGCGUGAAGCUUUUUCACCCGAGCGUUCGCUUAACCAACCAAAAGCCAUGCGCGUUUGUAUCUGUUCGAUAAACCAAUCAAAUCGCUCUAUUUCCGUUCGUUUGUUGUUUCUGUUUUGUUCGCGCGUUUUCAUUUCAAGAUCAUUCGAAGACUUCGAAAAUCGCUCUAUUUAUGUAUUUAUAUUUUUUUCCAGGAAAUGAUAGAGAUGAUAAAGGAGUCUGUAGUUUUAAUACUUCACACACAUGAUGGAGCGAGAGUUGGCAUGCACUGUUUGUGGCAUGGGACAACGAAGGUGAGAUUUAGAAACUCUUGUGUAUUCGAUUAAUCAUCGCCGGGAUUUGAUAAUUAAAGUCUGCGUAUUUUUUGUCUUUCAGGAUCGUAAAGUUCUUAUCAAGUCCUUCAAAGGCUAUUAUGUGAAAAUCUGCAAAGUACGUUUAAAAUGUGUUAACCUUGUAAACCCCAAUAUCCAAAUACAAAUUCUCUAGACUGACCUCCGUACAUUUCCCUAAAGAAUUAGUUGAGAGAAUUUGUUUGCUGAUCAAAGCAUUUUCCCUGAGGUGAUCAUCUCAUUAAUUGUCACAGCAUUUUCUCUAGAUUAUGUCUUGAUAUUGCAGGACGAAAAUAGACUUUGGUCACUCAUGGGACUUAAAAGGAUUAGAGCGAUUUUCAUAUGACCUUGAAAAAUGGUUUCAGUAAUUUGCUCGUUAUUUGUUUUGUCAGCCAAUGGAUGAAAAGAUCAAAACAUGGACUCUUCGUUUUCCCGCCGAAGAAACCCUAAUAUGGAGAAUGCAUUGUUCGAUUGGCCAAUCUUGUUGCAGUAUGCCGAAUUAUCGGUGGAUUUCUAGAAAGUUCUUCGGACACGAAGUUUUUUCACCCGAGCGUUUGCUUAACCAACCAAAUCCCACGCGCGUUUGUAUCCGUUCGAUAAACCAAUCAAAUCGCUCUAUUUCUGUUUUUUUGUUGUUUCUGUUUUGUUCGCGCGUUUUCAUUUCAAGGUCAUACGAAAAUCGCUCUAACACUUACCAACUGCGGUUACGGUUUUUGUCCACACAAAACCUGCCUUGGGUUCCGGAGGGUUUUUGUUUUCUUCUCGCUCAGCUAGACCCGCAUAUGAUUGCUUUGCGAGAAGAUGGCAACGCAAUGGCGUCGCUCUAGUGGCCCUGUGUGCGGUCUCGCCACAAGGGAGCGGGCAGGGGGGGAUGUUUAAGGAUGUUUGGUAGGGGCUUACCGCUGAUACCUUCAAACCCCGACCCUGUUUAAGACAAAAACGGUCAUUUCGCUACUAAACAAGUUUAACACGAGACAUUUUUCAUGAUCUUUUUCACUGAUUUCAUUUCGCAUUCAUAAUUUGGGAUUUGACGUCACAGAGUUCGAUGGCGUUACAGAAAUUGUUGUUACCGCUCAAGUAGACCGUAAACCGUUAUCGUUUACACCUUGUUUCAGAAAUGAAAAUCCUGUUUAAGACAUAAAAAAUAAUAGUAAAAUUGUUUUCCCUUCUCAAAAAUAAAGAAAGUGAAUAAUGUGGAAUCUCAUUAGUUGCAUACAUAACUGUGAUAAUUCUCCACAUGUUAAAUCUCGUAGUCAGUGGUUGAGGGACGCAAUGCGACCAAGUUUUCGCGUGUAGACGAAUUCUGUGUACCCUACGUUUCUCUCUUGCAUGUCUUUUAGCGUUUACCAAGUGAUUCGCGUCGCUUCUCAGUCACGUCGUUUGGGAAGCGCCGCGAGUGACUUCGUGAACGCUAAAGACCAUGAAAGAGAGAAACCUCUGCUUGCAUAGUAAUUCUUGUGUUGUGACCUUUCGAACGAAACUUCUUCAGCAGUACACUUUCGCUUAGCAUUCUGCAGCACGAUCAAAACUUAUGCUAUACUAAGGGUCUCAAUGUUUUCUGUUUUUUUUUUUUCCUUUAGGAAGAGUUUGGUCAUAUGGUUCUUUUAGCGUUGUUUGAUUGCGUGGAUGAUACGGUGCUAGUAAAAAAAAUUAUCAUCCCGGUAAGAAAUAAAAUUUGUUGAAUACCGUAAGUGAUGCAAUAGACGCCCGGGGCUUUUAUUUAAUUUUAAGGGUCCAAGAGGCGGCGUUUGAUAGAUAGGAGGUGUUUAUUCUCAGAACUGUAGCGAGCUCAACAAAACCUAUCAAUAGACGGAUCGAAACGCGCCAAUUACUGAUUACGAGUCUUCAUAGCCAAUAACAUCACGGCUUAACGGACAGACGACCAAUAACAUCGCGACGUAUUUGACCAAUCAGAUCAAUAACCAGAGUAUAAUACCAUCAACAGACGUGAUACAACUCACUUUGACUUUGAAAUGACUCCUGGGUUCAAACCUUUCACAAAACCAAAACUAUUAUGCUUUGUGAGAAAAUAUCAAUAAUACCGUGCUCUUUAAAAUCUCAACCUCGAUGUUAGGGUUAUUUUGCUGACAUUGUGUGCCUAUCCUUUCUUUGUUCUUGAUAUUGAAAAAGAGAGAAUUUGCAAACCUUCGUCAAUCAGGCAAAAUACUGACAAAAUUAAAUGAUUUUGCUUCUUAGACAAGUGAAUGGGAACCCGUGUCUUUUGCUCUUUUGUCAGGCGGGUUUCCAUUGUACAACUUAGAGUUUGUUCUGUUUGCUUGUAGGAGAUUAUGCCAUCCCUUCACGAGUUAGCACUAGACACGUACGGUAGAAAGGUGUUAAUGUACCUGUUGUUACCACGGAGUCCUGCACACUUCCAUCCUUUUGUUGUGGAGCUACUUAAGAAAGGAGAUGGAAACUCUACUAGGUAAAUGCAAAGGAAACACAAGUAACGGUUAUUCCCUCAAACGACCACCCCUAAGCAACAGCCAUCUCCCCAAACGACCACCCCUCAACAUCACCCAUCUCCCCAAAUGACCACCCCUAAGCAACAUCCAUCUCCCCAAACGACCACCCCUAAGCAACAGCCAUCUCCACAAACGACCACCCCUAAGAAACAUCCAUCUCCCCAAACGACCACCCGUAAGCAACAGCCAUCUCCCCAAACGACCACCCCUAAGCAACAGCCAUCUCCCCAAACGACCACCCCUAAGCAACAUCCAUCUCCCAAACGACCACCCCCAAGCAACAGCCAUCUCUCCAAACAACCACCCCUAAACAACAUCCAUCUCCCCAAACGACCACCCCUAAGCAACAGCCAUGUCCCCAAACGACCACCCCUAAGCAACAGCCAUCUCCCCAAACGACCACCCCUAAGCAACAGCCAUGUCCCCAAACGACCACCCCUAAGCAACAUCCAUCUCCCAAACGACCACCCCUAAGCAACAGCCAUCUCCCCAAACGACCACCCCUAAACAACAUCCAUCUCCCCAAACGACUAACCCAAAGCAACAACCUUCUCCCUCAGCGACCACCCCUAAGCAACGGCCAUCUCCCCAAACGACCACCCCUAAGCAACAGCCAUCUCCCCCAAACGACCACCCUUAAGCAACAGCCAUCCCCCCAAACGACCACCCCUAAGCAACAGCCAUCUCCCCAAACGACCACCCCUAAGCAACACCCAUCCCCCAAACGACCACCCCUAAGCAACAGCCAUCUCCCCAAACGACCACCCCUAAGCAACAGCCAUCUCCCCAAACGACCACCCCUAAGCAACAGCCAUCUCCCCAAACGACCACCCCUAAGCAACAUCCAUCUCCCCAAACGACCACCCCUAAGCAACAUCCAUCUCCCCAAACGACCACCCCUAAGCAACAUCCAUCUCCCAAACGACCACCCCUAAGGAACAGCCAUCUCCCCAAACGACCACCCCUAAGCAACAUCCAUCGCCCCAAACGACCACCCCUAAGCAACAUCCAUCUCCCCAAACGACCACCCCUAAGCAACAUCCAUCUCCCAAACGACCACCCCUAAGCAACAGCCAUCUCCCCAAACGACCACCCCUAAGCAACAGCCAUCUCCCCAAACGACCACCCCUAAGCAACAUCCAUCUCCCAAACGACCACCCCUAAGCAACAGCCAUCUCCCCAAACGACCACCCCUAAACAACAUCCAUAUCCCCAAACGACUAACCCAAAGCAACAACCUUCUCCCACAGCGACCACCCCUAAGCAACGGCCAUCUCCCCAAACGACCACCCCUAAGCAACAGUCAUCUCCCCCAAACGACCACCCCUAAGUAACAGCCAUCUCCCCAAACGACCACCCCUAAGCAACAGCCAUCUACCCAAACGACCACUCAUAAGCGACAGCCAUAUCCCCAAACGACCACCCCUAAGCUAUUGCCACUUUCCUAAACGACCACCCCUAAGCAGCAGCUAUCUCUACGAACGAUGACACUUGAGUUUUAAAUAUUUUGAAAUCAUUUCCGUAGUCGAUAAGAGUAUAGAACAUGGAAGAUUGUUGCCAACUUGUUUGACAGAUUCUUUUCCAAGCUUUCAUUGUCGUAUAUUAUUAUUGUGCGUAUUUUUUAACUCUGGCUUGCCGUAAAAUGUACUAAUGUGUUUUUGUUCAUAUCUGUUAAAUGUGAUUUACGUUUUGUAGCAAGAAAGAUCCAAAGCAAAGACGACAAGAACUUCUGGAAGGAAUAUCGUCCGUCCUUUUGCAGAUGGUAGAGAAAAGUGCUUCAGAGUUGUUAUUUGAUAAGGGCGCCAUCCAGCUGGUUGGAGCAGCUCUCGCAAAGUGCACAGGUAGGUGGUGUAAAUAUAGUGACUCAAUGAGCCGAAUCUCCACAGGCGCGUAAUUUUAACGUGCGUACGCACUUAAAUUUUACGCGCGUAAAUAUAAUAGAGGCUAUGCUUGAAGCAUCGCGCGUGAAGGUUCAACUUUUACGUUUACGCGCGAGUUUUUAUUUUCAUUUUAUUUACGCACGUAAAUUUUACGCGAGUACACACGUUAAAAUUACGCGAUAGUGGAAAUUCAUUUUUAGGCUCGAUUAGCGGCUACUGUUUGUCAAAUGACUGAAGCUCACGCUCCCCGCCCGAAAAGUGUCUUGUAGGAGAGCGUAAGAGCAGGCCCGAGAGAGUGGUACAAAUCGAACCUUCCCUGAGCUCAGGAAGUAAAAGUAACAAAACGACCACAAUUUCCCAUGGUCUACACUCUUACAGACCAUAGGAAUGACGUCAUAAAAUUUUUAAAACUCAAGUGGAACCACGAGCAACAGGCAAGUGGUUUCACUGCAAAGUUUUAAACAUUUUAUGAUGUCAUUUCUGUGGUCUAUAAGAGUGUAGACCGUGGAAAAUUAUGGUGGAUUUGUUUUGUACAAUAAUAUUGAUUUUUUUACAAAAAGCCAAAAACAAAACAACCGGCACUGCGUGACAUGUUACGUCAUUUCCAUGGUCUAUACUCUCAUAGACCUUAGCUCUCGACCAAUCAGCGCGCAUGGAUUCGCUCAGUUGUCGUAAAAAAAUGUUGCAGUCACCGUAUCGUUUUUUCUUACGUAAACGCUGGGAGUGUGACUUCUCUCUACACAAAUGGGGCCUUUGUUCCUCUAAUAAGACAACUGCUAAACCGCUGUACAGUCUUACUGAAGGUACUUGCCCGUCAAUUGAUUUGCUUUUAUAGGCGAUGUCAAGCCCGCAAUGGUUGCCAUAUCCAAUUUGGCCGGCAGGGAUCUGGAUCCUACCACUGCUGACGAGGUAUGGAUAAACUACGGUAUUUUUUAAAGCUGCUUUGUGAAAUGUGCAAACUCUCUCUGCCUAAAUGACAAAAAUAGUGGUAAUGACUGAAAAAGCCACCGGUCUUUUUCCGGAUUUUCUUUGUCUACAAUAACCUCAAACGAUCCAUGACUGGAUGGUUUUGAAAGGAGCGUAAUCAUCGCUGUUGCGGGCGACGAGAGUAGCCCACAAUCCUAAAAUUCAGGUUGCUAUUGCGCAUGCACCGUACUAAUGUAACAACUUCCACAAAGAUUGAAUGGAAUACAUAGAACGCAAUCUGAUCACGAGUAUUUUGACCACCUAUCACGUGAAACUUACGCAAAGCACAGCGCUGGGGCAAAAACGUCUUGAUUUUCGAUUGUUGUCGCCCGCACUCUGUAACAUUCGGCUGUUACUAGUUAUGCAGGGUUGUCAUUAAGAGCCGGGGGCCGGGGAUUUUCCCCGGCUACUAAGAGAGUGGUCCCCGGCUACUUUUAUUGGAAAAUAGAAGAAAAAUAGAACCAAAAGAAAUCCCUAGCCGUUUGAUUCCCCGCCUACUUGUUGUAUUUACCCGGCAACUUGAAAUCUUAGUGACAACCCUGGUUAUGUGUCGUAAUUUUCUUCUUUUUUACUAUAUCUGUUACGUAUUUUUAGGACCAUGUUAUCAAAAGCGCUGCUGGUCAUUUAGCUAUAAAGAGACUCAUCAUUCACGACAACGAAAGAUUUCAAUCUGGAAGCGAAGGUACAGUAAAGCUUUUCUGUUCUUUUCUGUAAAAGUUUAAAUGUAGUCGGUUUUUUUAAAGGAAGGGAGCUGGGGAACCCAAAAGCAAUCCAUGAAAGGAAACGCCCCGCAUUUGUAGGAUUCGUUUUGUAUUUAGCUAAACUACGGUCAAACCUGUCCUCUAAGAGACGCCUCUACAACGCACAUAGCGUAUUUCCUCGAAUAAUAGCCGCCCCUCGAUUAAUCGCUUCCCUCGAAUAAUCCCCUUUUUCAGACAAUUCGCGUGGCACCGAAGAGCCAAAUUCAUAAAUUACCUAUCGCAGACGCUUUCCUAUUCCAACCAGUCCUCUUGGUCCCAAAAUGCCAAACUUAUUUGUACGUAAGUUUGCGAAGCACGAGCCAUGAAACUUCCCAUCUAACGAAUGUAAGCUAGGAAAACAUGUAGUUCAAGUCUCCUUGCACUCAAAUCCUCGUCUUGAAAAAGAGGCUUGGGACUAUUCAAAAAGGGCGCUCUAUUCACUGACAGUGAAUUAGGGAGGAUCUUUGCGGACCUGUAUGACUUGGCGGCUGCCGCUGUUGUUCCCCACCCUCUAAGUUGGUUUUGACAAUGUAACAUAGACCCAGGGGAGGUUUUGUGUCCAGCGGUUUUAGUGAAAACGAGCGCAAGGGUUUGUGGGGGUUGCUUAAUCUCGCGAGCCCACACAACCUCCCUUAUGUCGAUCAUAUUUUGUAUUUGCCUCUAACAGCCUAGGGCGUUAUUUGUAACGUAUUUUCUUUUCCCCUUUGGUGUAGGUCAGGUGUUUUUCAGCAAAUUGCUGCUUGAAAAUAUCAAGCCAGGUGCAUUUUUUGAAUGGUGCAAGAUAAACAGAGGCGCUUUUGUCGUAGCAAGGUAUGUUUAUGGUCGUUUUUACCUUCCCAGUCAUUCACAUCACCAUGGCUCAUUGCUCACCACCGUAUAAAUUCCACACGAUCUAGUACAAGAACAUCAGCGCUCUUUAUUGACAUGUGAAUGAGACAAAUUUUUACUGUAAAACUCUGUAUACCCGAUCUUGGACACCCAUUCCCUUGGCUGUCGUUUUCCCGAAUUUAAUAAUUUGUGCACCGUUUCCCUCAUUUCCACAGGCGGUGCUUUUAACCCGCUCAAAAUCUAAUUUAAACCAAAACCACCGUCCGUUUACCUCAUUUAAUAGGGCGUCGGUCUGCAAAGCAAGGGAGGGUGCGAAUGGGGUUAACAGUUAACUGAUAUUUGGCCAAACAAAUAGUAGUUAACUGAUAAUUGGCCAAAAAAUUAGUAGUAAACUGAGAAUUGGGUACCCCUAUUAGCACCCUCAGGGGCCGUGGGUUUGAAACCUGGCUGCACCACCAGCACGGGACUUUUAAAAAUCUAGUUAGCUCUUGCCAGCUUCGACUUCAGAUCUUGUCUUAGCUCAGGGCUUGAUCGUCCUCAUUGGGUGUUGUGGCUAAUUCGUUGGUCUCGCCUCCUUCGCCCUUUUCUUAUCAAUGCGAAGAGGAAGUUAAAGAAUCCACCCUGGUAUGCGGAAAGACCAGAGGAACGUAGACCACGGUGGUGUGGUCUGUCUAACUGUGGGAGGGAACGCAAUAAGUGGCUUUGUGCGGUUGCGGUUACCUUGGUAAGAAUCGGCAAAGCUGUCAAAUUAAAUACCACGCUUAAGUGAAAACCGCCUAAAUGACUUCAAACCUUUAACUGCUCAAAAAUGCGUUUUUAAUGUACUACAGAAUUCAGGUUUGCAACUUUUAGCUGCAGAAAGAAUUAUAAGACACUUUGUUAGAGCACUCCUCUGUUUGUUUGUUCUAACAAACGUUUCUGCCGUAAUGUUUUAUUUUCAGUUUGCUUGAAUCCUCUGUUCCAGGAGUGUCAGAGGCCGUGAAGGCAGUGUUACAAUCACGUGUCAGUAAACUGAAGAAAUUCGAGUCUAAGGGACUAGAGGUCGUACUAAAACUACUUGAAAACUGAUUUUUUUUUUAAAAGAAAUUUCAUUGCCAUAUUAUGACAAUGAGAUUUCCGCCGCGAAUAGUGGAAAAGAGAAUGCAGGGGAAAGCAUGUGAAAAAAGAGAAGGUUGGGAAAGGAAAAUGGGAGAGAGGAGGCAAGCCCUCUUGGAAAGCAAACCGUGAAAGAAUACAGGUAGCCUGUUAUCUGUUUGGAGAGGCUUAUGAAAAAGUGAAAAGAAAAGAAAAGAAAAGAGAAGAAAUCUGAGAGGACAAAACGACAGGGAACGAAAUGAAAGAAAGAAGUGUUCUGUGCAAACGGAUAUGGAAAAAGGAAUUAAAGGGAGGAGCGCAUUUCAAAGCAGACAUAAUCUGGGGCAUUGUAAAAAACAGCGAUCAGAGUUACAGUGAGAAAGAAUACGCCAGAAAAGACUAAGAAGCGGAAAAAGUCAGAGUGGAGAAAAAGUGUUGAUGUUAAAACAAAAGAACGAAAAUCAAUAGUAGAAGAAUAGUUGACAACUCUUUAAGUUGCGACCAGGUUGGUUGCCAUGGCGCCUAAAAUUUUGAAGCUGGCGACUUGAUUUGUAAAAAAAGUCUUCCUAAACCAAAAGAGUUGGUUGCCAAAUGCCGGUCAAGUAAAAAUUUUAACUUGAAGGGCUGGUGGAAAAAAAUAAUUAUGAUAGAAAACGAGGAGGAGGAUAACAUUUUUGUUAUUAUUUUAUUCCACCAAGGCACACCAAGCAACAACAUCAAAACUAUACAGUCUUUAUACAUUUGUGUAAAUGUUUAAGAAUGAAAUAAACCCC